AUGCUUCGCUUCCUGGCCCUCGCGACCGCCGCCGUCGCCUUCGCGCCGUCGGCGCGGACGUCGCCGCGCGCGUUCCGGCUCGCCGCCGCCGAGGCCGGCGCGGCGCCGGCCGCCGGCAUCCAGUUCUACGAGGGCAUGUUCGAGCCCGACGUGCCCGACGUGAAGAUCACGCGGUCGCGGGACGGCGACAACGGCGUCGCGACCUUCGACUUCCAGGCGCCGAGCUUCUUCAACUGCGAGAGCGAGGCGGACCGCGCGCGCGCGAUCACGGCGAUGACGAUGAUGGACGAGGAGGGCGAGCUGUCGACGCCCAACGUCAACGCGCGCUUCGUCGACGGCGACCCCGUGGGCCUCGUCGUGCGCUACGAGAUGACGACGCCCGCGGCGUUCGACCGGUUCAUCCGCUUCAUGGGCCGCUACGCGGAGGCCAACGGCCUCAACUUCAACAAGGCGUAG